CAGCAAACCACGAGCCAUCAUCCAGCGAUCACGUGAAAGCCGCGUGUUCGCUGGAACUAACAGCUGAUUGGCCGAAACGGUGCGACUGCGGCCGGUACAUUCAACGCGCCUACUGCCCGUAGUGCGUUUCUUCUUUCUGUUUGUGUCAUGGAAUAAGAACGAACUGACAGUUGCAUAACAACCUUUUGUGAUUAGGAUUUACGGCGAUAAAACUGUUUUAUUAUUGGAUCUGAUACUACGCAACUUGUUAAGUCAAAAUGGCACUGUCAAGUAUGAGGAGUUUGUCAACAAAGGGUAUUGACGUCUUUAAGCACCAAAAUCACAACAAACAGAUUAUAUUAUUCUCCUUAAGAAACCUAUCAGUCUUACCAAUCAACAAAAACCUAUCCAUCAUAAGUGAAGAAAAGAAAAACACCAGGGUGUCAAAUUUAACUCUGGAAAGGCCUGACGACAAACCCUUGGUGGUACUGCUCUCCUGGCUGAUGGCCAAAAAGAAGAACAUUUUUAAAUACGCAGAUAUAUAUGCGAAAGAAGGCUAUGAUGUUCUUAAUGUCAGUGUCAGUCCAUGGCAGCUACUAUGGCCCACCAAAGGAACUCAGGUGGUGGCAGCGGAAAUUCUCAGUUUCCUGGAAAGGAACGCCUCCUACAGCCCCAUAGUUCUGCACGGGUUCUCUGUAGGAGCGUACUUGUGGAGCGAAGCGUUGGUACAAAUGGCCGCCCAGAAGGAGAGGUACCAACCUGUUUUGGACAGGAUUCAAGGUCAAGUUUGGGACAGCGCGACCGACAUCACCGAAAUCACAAUCGGCCUGCCGAUCGCUGUGUUUCCCCGAAACCGAGUUUUGCAGACUGCUUUGAAAAAAUAUAUCAUCUACCACAUGAACGCUUUCGAUAAAAUAUCGACUUGUCAUUACGUCAGAGCUUCCCAAAUGUUCCACACAAAUUUGGUAAAAGCCCCAGCACUAUUUUUCCUGAGCAAAUCAGAUCAAAUCGGUGCAUUUUCGGCGAACAGCAGGGCCAAAGAAAGCUGGGAAGGGUCAGGAAUUAAGGUGAGGUGGAAUUGUUGGGAAAAAUCCCCCCAUGUGGGACACUUACGGGCUCACAAAGAAGAGUAUACAAAUGAAUUAAGCAACUUUUUAAAAGAAAUCAAAGAAAAUUUGAAGCAAGAGCAAAAACAAGAAAAAAUACAACUUGUAAAUUAAUGAUAACUGAAUUUCUCGUUGUUUCUUGUUGUAAAAAAAUUUAAUUAAUUAUUAAUAUUUUUUAAGGAUUACCAUUUAUAUUUUUAACAAUAUUUAGAUAGCCUUAUAUUGUGCCCAUUGUGAUAAGUAUAGGGAUUUAUUUAGGUAUAAGUGUGAUUGUAUUAUAAGUUGGAUAAUUCAUUUUAUAAUUUAACAAUUUUAGGAUUGUUGCCAAUUUUUGUGGUUAAGUAAAGAUUUAUUUAUUUACUGUAUAACGUUUAAAUAAAACUUAUAUAUUAAAUUAACGCGCAUUUGUUUAAUUAUAGAUAUAAUUCCCAUUAAUUUUCUUAGCAAAACAAUAUUAAAUUUUUAGGUUUCAAUGAUAAAGUAAUAAAGUAGUAAUUUGUUAAUUAAAUU